AUGGAGGUAGUUAAGACUGAAAUUUUAAAAUGGUUGGAAGCUGAUGUCAUUUAUCCUAUAGCCGAUUCAAAAUGGGUAAGUCCAAUUCAUGUUGUACCUAAGAAGGGAGGAAUCACAAUAGUUACCAACGAAGAAGGGUUGGAAAUUCCUACAAGGGUGCAGAACGGUUGGCGGGUACCCAUCGCACCUGAGGAUCAAGAGAAGACCACCUUCACUUGCCCGUUUGGAACUUACGCCUUCAAGAGAAUGCCUUUCGAAUUGUACAAUGCACCAGCCAAUUUUCAAAGAGUUCUUAGACGUUGCAUUGAGACUAAUCUGAUAUUGAAUUUUGAGAAAUGCCAUCUCAUGGUUGAGAAAUGUGUAGUAUUGGGGCAUGUCGUCUCAGCUAAAGGAUUAGAAGUCGACCAAGCCAAAGUUGAGGAAUUUGACCUGGAAAUUAAAGAUAAGAAAGGUAAAGAGAACCUUGUGGCUGAUCAUUUGAGUAGGAUAGAAACUGGAAUUUUGAGGGAUGAGCCGAAAGCAUUUCCAACUAGGGCCGAUGAUGCUAGAACUAUGGUGAAACUUCUUAAGACCAAUAUUUUAAAUAGAUAUAGGGUACCAAGGGCUAUAAUCAGUGACAAGGGAACACAUUUCUGUAAUAGAACCUUGAAAGCUUUAUUUGCACAAUUUGGUGUCACCCACAAAGUGUCGACAGCUUAUCACCCUCAAACCAAUGGGCAAGCUGAGAGUAGUAACAAGGAAAUUAAGGAAAUUUGGAGAAAAUUAUGA